CCGCCAGUGAGGCUGCGCUGAGGCUGCGGGGCCGGAUGGCCGAGCCGCCCGCCCCGCUCACUCGGGCGGCGGCCGGCGGCGGGCGAGGAGACGGGGCGAGCCCUCCCUAUCGGGAGAGCCAGCCCUGCAGCACGCAGCGCCAUGGUGUCAUGGAUCAUCUCCAGGCUAGUGGUGCUUAUAUUUGGCACUCUUUACCCCGCAUAUUAUUCUUACAAAGCCGUGAAAUCGAAGGACAUCAAAGAAUAUGUCAAAUGGAUGAUGUACUGGAUCAUAUUCGCGCUCUUCACAACAGCAGAGACAUUCACGGAUAUCUUUCUUUGCUGGUUUCCAUUCUACUAUGAACUCAAAAUAGCUUUUGUAGCUUGGCUGCUGUCUCCUUACACAAAAGGCUCCAGCCUCCUGUACAGGAAAUUUGUUCAUCCAACGCUGUCUUCAAAAGAAAAGGAGAUCGAUGACUGCCUCGUCCAGGCAAAAGACCGGAGCUACGAUGCCCUUGUGCAUUUUGGGAAGCGAGGGCUGAACGUCGCAGCCACAGCAGCUGUCAUGGCCGCUUCAAAGGGACAGGGGGCCCUGUCUGAGAGACUAAGGAGCUUUAGCAUGCAGGAUCUCUCAACGAUUCGUGGAGACAGCAGCAGCACUGUUCCUCCUUCGGUCACUGUACGAACAAGUAGCAAACAGAGCCACCCAAAACCAUCCAGAAGUGCAUCAGAAGGCACUGGCAGCUCAGGCACCGCCUAGGACCCUUAGACCUCGCUUCAGGAAGAAAAGUACCUCGUCCUCUGCCACUGAAACAAUGUGAGUGCAAUGAGCCAAUAGCACCAAGAUCCACAGAAUGUCUCUCUUCUGCCUUAAAGAGCUACUCGUUAAUAAUAUAGGAAACAGCAGUGGGAUGGAUGUGCUUUGAUGUACAGCAUUGUAGACAUGGCCUUUCUCUCUCCUCUCUCUCUCUCCUUCUGUUACACGCUUCUUGCCUUUGUCCGUGACGUGGGUAGGACAGUCUGGCAGACACCUGCGGGUUAAGAGUCCUUGUUUUGUUUGUGGAGCGUACACCCACUCCCACUAAUCCUGUAAGGCUGUACAUUUACAGUUCUCAUUUGUGUCUGCAUCGCUCUCGCUCUGUCAAUGCACAAUGGAAACAAAACCAAUCAGUUAUUCAUCAUGAUUCAUCAACACUGUAUUUAUUUAUGGCUUUAUCAUUAAUGACGUGGAUUGGCAGAAGCCAUGGAUUUCUCUUUCCUCCCUUCCUCCUCAAGGCUGUGAAUGAUGUAACAAAGUACUUUGACUGUACAAAAUGUCCAAGAUUCAUUAGCGAAAGUUGAGCUGCAGCUCUGUUUCUCUCUCUGCAAGUAAAUCACGUGUAUUCUGAGAAAACCAUUGCGCUAAAAACCAUAGAGACAGAACCACUUACAGAGGACGAGGAAGAGACAUGGAAGAGAAAAUAAAUGGUUUCAACGAAGUAAUGAAGGGGGAGUCUUAAUUUUGAUCAGCCUGAGCCAGGAGAGUAUUGUGUGGAGAAUGAUGGCGGCUAGAAGAGCUAGAUCGCAUCGCUUGUGGCAAACCUUCUACUGCCACUUUCAAACGUGAGCAAGCCAGGCUUCUCGUAGCUGCGGCCACAGAAGUUAGAACCGCUUUAGUGACGCGCUUCCAGGGGAAAACUCUCCCUUCUCCCCUGCCCGCAGCAGCGUCCGUCCCAGCGCCCCGCUCUCCCCAGAGCUGCUGCCCCAGCAGAGCAGGGCCCUGGGCCUGAGCUGCUUGCUGAAGCCUGAAGUUUCGCCUGUAGCAUGGAGUUUGGUUAGACCCACAAGAACCAGAUGGAGUGGUGUGUUCGUAUCUGUAUAUAAAUGAGAAAUAUAAAAAAAAGAAGAGGAAGACGUGGUAGGGUUUUGUGUAUUUGUGCUUCAAGUUGGUGUCUCUUGUAAGUGUUGAGCAUGUGAGAUUCACACAUAAGUUAACUACGUGUCCCUUUGUGUUUGCUCUUGGACCUGUCACAUAGACUAGAAAAGCAUUUAGCGUUACGUAGGACGUGCCAUCACCAGUGGAUCAGUAGGUGGGCUGGAUGGUGAGCAGCACUGCUCAGCUAGUUCAGGUGCAGCAGCCCCGGAUGCCAACAGCCGGCGGGAGUGUGUCAGGCUCAGAGAUAAAUCUGACGUGGCCUUUGAAACCUCCUCUCUGCCGGGUGUGCACCCAUGUCCCAGCUGUCCCUGCCUGAUGGAUCCCUGAGGUUUCCCCCACAGCUUCCUACAGACGUGGGGAAGAGAGAAAUAAAUGAUGCACGCACACGACUGUUUAUCUGACCUGGCUAGGAAUAGGAAGCAGGUAUUUCCUGUGUCUGCCACAAUAUUUCCCCUCAUUACCCGGGGAUUUUAUUUCCUUUACGUGUGCUAAUCCAGCCAUAUUUUAUAACGGGUAAGAAGGAAAAAAAGUCUUCAGAAAGUAAAUGGAAAAAACCAACCCAACAAACCUGUCUAAAUAGCAGUUACGGAAGAGUCAGUCCUUGGAAGAUACUCAGCAAAAGCUUUGAGGAGCUAAGCUUGUGUGUUUUAUUUUUAAGCAGCUUUAGAGUUUAUUUGAUUUCUUUUGGCAAACAUUAAAAAGAAAUAGAAAAACCGCCUGCAGUAUUAGCAGAAAAUAAAAUCCUGUUGCAAGCUACGAUUCCCUGCUAGGCAAUGGGCUGUGUAAGAUAAAAAAGCUGACAAGUUUGCACUCAAUCAUGCCAAAAAACCCCAACAAGGUAGAGCUACAGAACAGCUGAAAAAUUCUAUUCUCUCUUAAUACAUGCUGUAUUAAUAUUGAUUCUCACUAAAAUUAUUAAAUGUGUGUCUAAUCUGCUGUUUUACUGUAAACUUGACUGUUUAGCAUUUCUUAAGUGCUGAGGUGACAUUGUUGACAAGGGAGUUGCCUUAUAUCUCUCAAAACAUUCACUGUAUAAAUGAGAAAAAAAAUAAACCUUUUCAUAUCUCUGGCAAAAAUGUAUUAAUUUAUCAACUGAGCUGUAUAUUUGUGUAUAGAUAGACCAGAAAUGUGAAUGCCUAAUGACACUUGGUGCCGUAGCGUUCUGUACACGGGAGAGAACGGUCGUUUGCUUUUCAUCCCUCGUCUUCCACACAGGGGUUGUUUACAGGUGCUGCCCCGAGUCUGUCCUGUCGCUCUCUGGGUACUCGCCUUCACCCACAACCAACGCCCCACACGGGAAGGCUUUUGUUCCCCUUUUUCCCUCGAGUCUCUGCCCAGGAACGAUCCCGAUGGAGCGAGUCGCCGCUGUGCGCCCGCACCGACCCCUCCCGGCAAAGGAGCGUUUGCAGGGCUCCAGCAGAGAGAGGACGCGAGGAAUCUUACAGCCCGUGGUUUAAAAUAGCAACAGAGCUGGCUUGAGGAGGAAAAGCCCAGUUGUGGGGCACUUUGAGGCAGCUGGUCUCUCCCAUCAGUCCUCCGGGGCAGGCAGGCACCUCCCGACUUCUCAGAGAGGAGAGGUGCCUGCAGGAGCAGGCCAGCCCCAGGAAAUAGAUACAGCCUUCCCCCAGCACCAGGCUCGAGUGAAACUUGCAUUGCUGGGAGCAUGAUUUUUGCAAUAUUGAGGCUGGGGAGAAGGAAACCGCAGCUGAAGAUGGUUGAUGAAAAACGGGCCGGUGAAUUACUUCACCAAUUCAGCAUAAAUUCACCUAGUUCUGAGGGGAACAAGCUCAGAGCAGCUCAGCGCAGAGCUCUCCUCGCCUCCUCGCCUCAGGGGCCGGUGUCGGCGGUGACAGCAGUCACCCAUUGCUGGAUCAGGAUCACAGCAAACGCAGACAAGACAGACCUCACGCGUAUCGCCCUCACCGUGGCGUUAACCCCACACCAAUCUAGAUCGUAUGAAUGCAAACCCAGCACAGGAGGAGAGGAGAACCCGGUUAUUUAUCCCCAACCAGAGGGAGAAGCUGCUUGGAGAGAUGCGAUGUUCCUUCGCCUCAUGUAAACAACCUGCGGCCUCCGACUGCUCUGUGGCGUGUGCUCACGGAACCACAGACCCUCCCACUUGUGACCCAACGCUCGUUAAUCACAGGCUCCUUUUUCGCUGUUUGUUUCGGGUUUUUUGCAUUUAGCACCCUAUUUUUGAAAUAGCAGAGAACACCACGCUGGGAUUUGCGUUUCGACAACCUACUUAAGGACCGUCAUCGUGCACUUCAUGUGAUUUCUGUCCUGUGGUCAGUAGAAACGAGCUGUGAUGAAAUGGUACAUUUAAUGCCUCACGAGGGUGGCCGUUGUAACAGUACUCCAAAGGUUGAUGUUUUGCUGGUUUUGUUAUACUGCUUGAUAUACAUCUUGAAUAAAGUCUUAAUCUUUUCUUUUAAAAAAAGAAAAAAAAAAAAAAAAAGCCACCUUUAGUCUGUUCAAUGUAUCUGGCAGGCCAGAAUAAUUCCUUUGAUGGCUGUAUUAUUUUUAUCUCAAUUCUGGCUGACUGUAUAUGGAUGUAUUCACUAAGUGCUGCAUGUCCUUCAGAACUUCUUUCUGUAUUAUGAACUGGAAAAAAAAAAUACAGCUACUGAACACUCUGA